AUGUUAGAUUAUCUGAGAAUUUUUCUUGAAUAUAUGGUUUUCCACAAAAACACAUUCGAGUUUGAACUCUAGCUAUUUCAUUGUUUAGGUUUAUUAUUGAGAGUGAAGAGAAUCGAGAGAGAUGCAUCUUUGGCCAACAAAGAAUCUCAGAGAUUCAUUCAAGUUAUCUUACCUUAAAAACCUCGAAUGGAACUACCAACGAAUGAAAAAAGACCAACAACGUCAAUCAUCAACCGAACAAAAACUGUUGGAAGACAACAACAACAACAAGGUUGUUGACACUGCCCAAACUGGAGCGGGAGGUGCAGCUUCCAUAUGCCAUGAGCUUCUAUUGAUUCUUUCUUGCUGUUACUGUUGUUUCUGCUGCGGCGCUUGUGUCGAAGAGAAAUAAGGAACAAAUAGCUGGCUUGACUUCAACUGUGUCAUCAAGGUCAUGGUUAGAAAACUUGUGCUACAAGGACCAAACUGUGUGCAUAUAAUUAUUUAGAUUUUAUAAUUGUCAUAUAAUUAUUCUACUCUGUGAUUUGUAAUGCUCAUGUCAAACAGAGUUACUAUCAUACAAGAACCAAAUUUUGUACAGCUGGUUAUUGGAUCUCAUUAUUCCUAGAUUUUAAUGCUAGACAAUAAUUGUCCUA